AUGGAAUUUCUCCUUUCUCAUGGAGCAGAUAUUAAUGCGGAAGAUAUUAAUGGAAAAACGGCUUUACAUCAUGCAGCUGAAACGAAUAUUCUGGAAAAUGUAAAAUAUCUUAUUACUCAUGGAUCAGAUAUUAAUUCAGAAGAUCGUGACGCAAACGCUGCUCUUCACUAUGCAAUACUAAAAGAUAAUAAACAGAUUGUAGAAUUUCUCAUUUCAUAUGGUGCUGAAAUCAUUAAAAACCAAAAUUUGGGAAGAAAAGCACUUUAUUAUGCAAUUUUAUAUAAUUACAUUGAAAUAGUAGAACUUCUUGUUUCUAAAGGAGUAGAUGUAAAUGCAAAUGAAUUUGAAAAUAUUUCCCCGUUGCAAUUUGCAGUCAAUGAACAUAGAAAUGAAAUAGCAGAGCUUUUAAUUACCCGUGGCUCAGAUGUAAUGUUCCCAUCUGUGCUAGAUAUAUACAAAUAA